AACCAAACACCCGGAUUCUUUCCUGCAAUUUGACUCCCCUCUGCUUCAAGCAACUGAUACACUUCACCUCCUAUGGACAACCGGAACGUCGUCGUUUGCGACAACGGCACCGGCUACGUAAAAUGUGGUUUCGCCGGAGAAAAUUUUCCGACAUCGGUGUUCCCAUGCGUGGUCGGGAGACCUAUGUUACGGUACGAGGAAUCUCUCAUGGAACAAGAGUUGAAGGAUAUUGUUGUUGGAGAAACGUGUGCUGAUUUGAGGCAUCAGUUGGAUAUAUCGUAUCCGGUUAACAAUGGAAUUGUUCAGAAUUGGGAUGAUAUGUGUCAUGUUUGGGAUCAUGCGUUUUACAAUGAACUAAAAAUUAAUCCAACGGAAUGUAAGAUAUUACUCACCGACCCGCCUCUCAAUCCCUCAAAAAACCGUGAAAAAAUGGUCGAGACCAUGUUUGAAAAAUACAACUUUUCUGGUGUCUUCAUUCAAAUUCAGGCUGUUUUAACUUUGUAUGCUCAAGGUCUGCUGACUGGAUUAGUUAUCGACUCUGGUGAUGGUGUCACUCAUGUGGUUCCUGUUGUUGAUGGCUAUUCAUUUCCUCACCUUACUAAGCGAAUGAAUGUAGCUGGUCGGCACAUAACAUCCUAUCUUGUUGAUUUACUCUCCCGGAGAGGGUAUGCAAUGAAUAGAACUGCUGAUUUUGAGACUGUCAGGGAAAUCAAAGAAAAACUCUGCUAUAUAAGUUAUGAUUACAAAAGGGAAUAUCAACUGGGACUUGAGACCACCAUCCUUGUUAAGAAUUACACUCUGCCAGAUGGAAGGGUCAUUAAAGUAGGCACUGAAAGGUUCCAGGCCCCUGAGGCUCUUUUCACUCCUGAACUUAUUGAUGUUGAAGGUGAUGGCAUGGCUGACAUGGUUUUCCGCUGCAUUCAAGAGAUGGAUAUUGACAACCGCAUGAUGCUCUAUCAGCAUAUAGUUUUAAGUGGAGGGAGCACCAUGUACCCAGGAUUACCUAGUCGGCUGGAGAAGGAAAUACUAGAUCGAUAUCUUGAAGUGGUUCUAAAGGGAAAUAAGGAUGGGUUAAAGAAACUGCGACUGCGGAUUGAGGACCCACCGCGGAGAAAGCAUAUGGUGUAUCUUGGAGGUGCAGUUCUUGCCGGGAUUAUGAAGGAUGCGCCUGAGUUUUGGAUCAGCAGGGAAGAUUAUUUGGAAGACGGAAUUGCCUGUCUAAGCAAGUGUGGCCAGGCUUGACUUUUUGACAACAGUUCGCAAUUCUUGUUCAUUGUUUAUUGUUAUCUCACCGUGAUUGCAUUGUCCACAAGCAAAACCAGGAGCCGAGAAAACAUAUGAAAGGGUGUCCAAGCUACCUAUAAGGACUCAUGUCAGUUGACUCGGUUAUAUCACAUCCUGCCAUCUAUUGUCCAAUCGGACAGAGGCAUCCCAUUGGGUGAUGUCUCUAUGAUGUUAUUCCCAGCAGAAAAAAGCUUCCUUGUGCUGUAUACUUUUACCAAGCAAAAUGUAAUGCUAAAAUUUUGGUUUUGGUGUGUAUUCUCAUAGAAGUUGUUAUGCUCAUGUUUGUUUUACUUUCUUAAAGGUUUGAAGCUCUGAGCUGUAUCUGCAACUACCUAUUUGAAAAUGAAUGAACUUGUGAAUAUUGACAGGAUAUGCCUAUAUACUUUACAUAACAUUUUCUAUGCA